UUUUUAUAUGUCCUAAUUGACCUGAGACUAAUAGGAAGCCUCACCAACAACAUUUCCCAUCUCUUGACGGCCAGACACACCCCCGCCAAUCAGUGUAGGAGAACCGCCUCCAAUCAGAUCCCUGGUAUCCACAAGCCCCUCCCACUUCUGCGUCAGGUCUGAUGCAAAGUUGCACGUUGGGGGAGAGCAGACGUCGCCGGGCAGCCGACUCAGCGCUCACAUUUUCUCCUCUUUGAAGCAGAUUCUCUGCUCGUUCCUGGACGGACGGUUGUCGAAGCCAAGACGACAUGACGACGGAGAUAACGAAAGGUGUGGAGCAGGUCUCAGUGGGAGAGCUCUACGUGUCCGACAAAUGUGGCAGCGACCAGGACGGCGAUGGCUCGCAGCAGAAGCCCUUCAAAACCCCCCUAAAGGCUCUGUUGUUUGCCGGUAAGGAGCCAUUCCCAACUCUCUACGUUGAUUCACAGCAGGAGGGCGAGCGCUGGGCGGUGAUCUCUAAGACGCAGAUGAAGAACGCAAAGAAGGCUUUUAACCGCGAGCAGCUGAAGACUGACGCCAAAGACAAAAAAGAGGCAGAGGACACCGAGAGGAGAGAGAAGAACCUGGAGGAGGCCAAGAAGAUAGUCAUUAAGAACGACCCCAGCCUCCCUCAGCCUGAGACGGUGAAAAUCCGUCACCUGGAGUCAAAAAGAGGCCAGAGAGUCAAGGUGUUCGGCUGGGUCCAUCGGCUCAGGAGGCAGGGGAAGAACCUGAUGUUCGUUGUGCUCCGAGAUGGAACCGGCUUCCUCCAGUGUGUCCUGUCGGACCUCCUGUGUCAGUGCUACAACGGCCUGGUGCUGUCCACAGAGAGCACCGUCGCUCUGUACGGCACCGUCACUCCAGUCCCUGAAGGGAAGCAGGCGCCCGGCGGCCACGAGCUGCACUGCGACUACUGGGAGCUGAUCGGCCUGGCCCCAGCAGGGGGCGCCGACAACCUGCUGAACGAGGAGUCGGACGUGGACGUGCAGCUGAACAACCGGCACAUGAUGAUCCGGGGGGAGAACGUCUCCAAGAUCCUCCGCGUGCGCUCCACCGUCACCCAGUGCUUCAGGGACCACUUCUUCAACCGCGGAUACUACGAGAUCACCCCCCCCACCAUGGUGCAGACGCAGGUGGAGGGCGGCUCCACGCUCUUCAACUUCAACUACUUUGGCGAGGAGGCCUACCUGACGCAGUCCUCGCAGCUCUACCUGGAGACCUGCAUACCGGCCCUGGGCGACACCUUCAGCAUCGCGCAGUCCUACCGGGCCGAGCAGUCCCGCACCCGCAGGCACCUGUCCGAGUACACCCACAUCGAGGCCGAGUGUCCCUUCCUCUCCUUCGAGGACCUGCUGGGCAGGCUGGAGGACCUGGUGUGUGACGUGGUGGACCGCGUGCUCAAGUCUCCCGCCGCCCCGCUGCUGUACGACAUCAACCCGAACUUCAAACCCCCCAAAAGGCCGUUCAAGAGGAUGAACUACACCGAGGCCAUCGAGUGGCUCAGAGAGCACGACAUCAAGAAGGACGACGGCACCUACUACGAGUUUGGAGAGGACAUCCCCGAGGCUCCGGAGAGGCUGAUGACCGACAGCAUCAACGAGACCAUCCUGCUGUGCCGCUUCCCCGCCGAGAUCAAGUCCUUCUACAUGCAGCGCUGCCCCGAGGACCGCCGGCUCACCGAGUCGGUCGACGUGCUGAUGCCCAACGUGGGCGAGAUCGUGGGCGGCUCCAUGCGUAUCUGGGACUCGGAGGAGCUGCUGGAGGGCUACAAGAGGGAGGGCAUCGACCCCACCCCCUACUACUGGUACACCGACCAGAGGAAGUUCGGGACCUGCCCCCACGGCGGCUACGGCCUGGGCCUGGAGCGCUUCCUCACCUGGCUGCUGAACAGGCACCACAUCCGGGACGUCUGCCUGUACCCGCGCUUCAUCCAGCGCUGCCGGCCCUGAGCCCCCAGCCCCCCCCCCCACCCUAACCCAGCCAGGCAGAAUGAAUUCCCUUUGCUUUUCUGCUUUCCUCCACUGCAUAAUGACCCACCUGAUCCAUAGCAAGCUCAGUGACAGCAAACAGAUUAUUGUUGAUUAUGAAGCCGUCUUCUUCUGUGGUUGUCCGUCGUCAGCUAAUCGUAGCAGAGCAACAGUCCUGUCCACUGUCGGUCAUCGGUUUGCCUUCACGAUGCUCGACACGCAGCCUUCCUGUUCCCCUCAGCCUACCGUCACAUCAGCCUUCAAACUGGUGGAGACCCGACCCCAAACGGGCAGCAUGGAAAUGCUGUUUCUGAAGACAAAAUGUGUGCGAGUCAGCAUCAGCCAGUCCGACUUUUGGUUUGAUCUUCAUCCGGAAAAUAAAAAAGAAGCUCAAUCUUGCACUUAAAUAAAGUCUGAUCCAGUCGAGUGGCCGUGAGUCGUUGUUCAUGCAGCUCUGUUCUACAACCACCAAAAGCAAGGUUUUUUUUUGUACAUGUUACGUUGUUUCUCUAAUGGCUCGCUAAAGCUCCAUCAUUCCUAAACCUCUUCCAUGACCCUCUUUUUCUCAUGAAUGAGCUAAAUAAAUGUAGGUUGUC